CCGGAAAGCGGAAGCAGCGCGCAGCACGUGGGGGCGGUGCCGGUCGCCUGGCACCGUGUCCCCGGAGUCUGUAAUCGGUGAAGCUGGCUGCAGCGACUACGGAGGACGAGGGGCCCAGGCGAGAGGGACUGGCGUGCGGCGGCGGGCUGAGCGUCAUGGAGGACUCAGGGGAGCUGCCAGGCCCGCAGCCAGCACCUCCUGGGGACCACCGUAUCCGCGACGGCGACUUCGUGGUGCUGAAACGGGAGGAUGUGUUCAAAGCAGUGCAAGUCCAACGGAGAAAAAAAGUAACUUUUGAAAAACAGUGGUUCUACCUGGAUAACGCCAUUGGCCACAGUUAUGGAACCACAUUUGAAGUGACCCAUGGAGGAAGUCUUCAGCCUAAAAAGAAAAAGGAAGAGCCUACUUCAGAGACCAAAGAAGCGGGCACUGAUAAUCGAAAUAUAAUUGAUGACGGGAAGUCUCAGAAACUUACUCAAGAUGACAUAAAAGCUUUAAAGGACAAAGGCAUUAAAGGAGAGGAAAUAGUUCAGCAGUUAAUUGAAAAUAGUACAACAUUCCGAGACAAGACAGAAUUUGCUCAGGAUAAAUACAUAAAAAAGAAGAAAAAGAAAUAUGAGGCCAUCGUUACCGUUGUGAAGCCAUCCACGCGCAUUCUUUCAGUUAUGUAUUAUGCAAGAGAACCUGGAAAAAUUAACCACAUGAGAUACGACACACUCGCCCAGAUGCUGACAUUGGGGAAUAUUCGUGCUGGCAACAAGAUGAUUGUGAUGGAAACAUGUGCAGGCUUGGUGCUAGGUGCAAUGAUGGAACGAAUGGGAGGUUUCGGUUCCAUUAUUCAGCUAUAUCCUGGAGGUGGCCCAGUCCGGGCAGCAACAGCAUGCUUUGGAUUUCCCAAGUCUUUCCUCAAUGGUCUUUAUGAAUUUCCACUCAACAAAGUGGACAGUCUUCUCGAUGGAACAUUUUCUGCCGAGGCAUUAUCUUUAGAACCCAAAGACCCUGCUUCAGUUAAAGAAAGUAAUGGCACAUUGGAGGAAAAACAGACUUCUGAGCUAGAGAAUGAAGACAGCAUGGCAGAGGCCCCAGAGAACAAUCACCCCGAAGAGCAAGAAACAAUAGAAACUGUUUCUCAAGACCCAGAAAAUAAGGAGCCUAGAGAGAGAGGAAGCAAAAAAGAUUAUAUUCAGGAAAAGCAGAGGAGACAAGAAGAGCUGAGGAAAAGACAUUUAGAGGCCGCUGCUCUGCUGAGUGAAAGAAACGCAGAUGGUUUAAUUGUAGCUAGUCGGUUCCAUCCAACCCCACUGCUGUUGUCGCUGCUAAACUUUGUGGCCCCGUCAAGGCCCUUCGUGGUCUACUGUCAGUAUAAAGAGCCUUUGUUGGAAUGCUACACAAAACUGCGGGAAAGAGGAGGGGUCAUCAACCUAAGGCUGUCUGAAACCUGGCUCAGAAACUACCAGGUUUUGCCAGAUCGAAGUCAUCCCAAACUACUGAUGAGCGGAGGUGGGGGGUACCUUCUCUCCGGCUUCACUGUUGCCAUGGACAGCCUUAAAGCAGACCCCAGCCUCAAGUCCGGCCUGAGCACUUUAGAAUUACACAAGACUGAAGAGCCAGCAGCUAAAAAAAGGAAAUGCCUCGAGUCUGACUGUUAACCUUUCAGAAAUUGCAUUUGAUUUUUGUUCUCAGGCAUUAUAUAGCUAGUAAGUGAACUUUAAAUGCCAUUACUAAUUUUUUUUUAACAUCCUAAGAAUAAGAACAGAUCUAUAAACUUGUUCCUGGGAAGGAUAAGUAAGCUUUCUCUCCCCCAUGACACAAAAAUCCAAACCUAUUUGGACUAAAUUUGUCCAAUUUUUAUUUCACAAAAAAUCCUCCGAGUACUUUUAGUACUCUGUGAGUAUCUUAUGAAUUUACAAAGCCUAAAAAUAUAUUUAUAUGUGACUUUGUUUGUAUUAUACUAAGAGGAAUAAUACAAUAUGGCAAAAGUUGGUGGGUACUGAACGGGUGGAUUUUGUAGAAGAUAUUUAAUCAGUUCAUUUCAGAUGCUCUUCAGCCUAAGCAAUAUGGAUGUGUGUGAAAUGCACAGUACCAAAACAUUUACCCUGGUCCCUGCAGAGUAAUAACCUUUUUAAAACACUAGAUUUUAUUAUUUUAAUAGUUGACAGCCUAGGAAAGUUGUAUUUAUUUUACUGUCUUUUUUUGGACAAUAGAGUAAGGUACUUUUUUAAAUUAAUUUCCUGAUCCCCAUUCUUUGUUCCAAAUAAAGUGAUUAGAAUUUUUGUGUCCUAUUCAAUAAGUAAACAGAUGUUUUUCCCCUCCCCAGAGACUGAUGGACUUAUAUGUAUAUACAUACAUAUAUAUGUAUUUGAAUGUUGGUAUACAUGUGCGCACACAUUAUUUAUGUAUGCGCCUGUACACAUGGAGACAGAAUGCACUGUGUGUAUGAACUAUGAUGAAAUUUAGUACAGGGCUUCAACCAGUUCUCUGCAUUAGUGUCACUCCUUGUGAAAUGUAUUUUUAAGUGCCUUUUCUUGUGAUUAUUCAUGCUGGUUUAUUGAGCUCUGUCAUGAUUAAGUGGUUAGCUUUUCUAAGCUUUGAAAAAAAUGUAAUCAAAUUAUUUGGUCAUCUGCUACCGCCAAGCAAAGUGUUUAGAGUAAGCCAAGGCCUUUGUCCAUUCGAGAACAGGAGUCUCGCUCACUGAACAUGUCUCAUGUGGACUGUCUGCAUCCUUACAGCACAGGCGUGGAUCAUCCAGCGAAGAACAUCGCAGAAAAAAUAAGAAAUUGCUUUUUCCCAGUAGCAUGUAAUAUUCUGAUAAGGGCCAGUGUGAUUACCAUCAAGUACAGUUUUAAUUCCUUUUUCUUAAAAUAAUUGCUUUUGAAGAAUAAAAGUUUUCGUACAAUGA